CACAUCGACCUCCCUUUUUCAUCCCCAUGUCCAACUGCUCUGCUCCUAUUAGCUCCAGUGAGAGGACCAGCAGAUAUGGACAGACAAAAUGUUGCAUGGAUCUUGAUGCUCCUUCUUCUCCUAAUCCUGGGUGUGGCAGAGACCACAGACCCUUUGACAGAUUUGGAAAACAUUGCUGGGAAGUUGGUCUUCUAUCAGAUGGAGGGAAAUGCCACCUUUGUGAGGGACACAGGAGAGCUGGCUUCAGAUGUUCCCACUGAGACCAUGUUUGAACUCUUUGAUCCCCAAAAGAACUUCAGCACAGCAAAGUUUACCUAUACAUGGGACUUAGGGAAUGGAGAGGUGAUCCAAGGGACUGAGCCGGUUGUCCGAUAUCAUUACCCAGAAUCAGGGAACUACACACUGCGGCUGAAAGUAGGAGUGAAUGUGACCAAAUAUGCACCUCUACUCACUGACUUCUACUCCAUGGAUGUCCAAGUGCUGGAUGCCAUUAAAAACAUCGAGCUGAGGGGGCCUUCAGAUUAUGAGGUGUCACAGAACACCAGUAUGGCUUUUCAUGUGGAUGGAAGUCCUCCCAUAUGGGUGUGCUGGCGUUUCCUGACCAACUGUAUACCGGAUAUGUCGGCGGGCUGCACGCUGACCAUGCUAUAUGAAAAUACCCUGAGACUGAACCACACCUUCACCUCCACCGGCGUCCACUGCUUGGACAUCAGCGUCCGCAAUGACAUCAGCAAGCUGCAGUCCUCCUUCAGCAUCUAUGUCAAGAGAAGCAAUAACACCCACAUGUUCUUCAUCCUGUCAUGUGCUGCCGUUCUUGUAGCAACCUUCUCCUUCAUCACAGUCAUCGCCUGCCGGCCUCUUCAUCACAACAAAUCACAGAUUGCUGCUUCCAGUAACGCUGUAUUCCUGAAGAACCAAGACUCUGAUUAUCAGAGCUCGAUUCUUUUCAACUUCUCCAAAGUGGAGAGGGGAGAGAAAGAGCCACUCCUCUUACAGUAUGGGAGCCAAUACUCCUCUUAACCAUCUGCGUUCCAGCGCACUGUAGCUACAUGUACAUGUACACAAUUAUGGUGUUACAGAAGAUACACAAUUCUCAUCUUGCAUAUUACCAUGAUGUAGAUGGUUAUAUAGCUACAUCUGUGAAUGAUCAUAGCACAACACAUAGCCUGAUGUGACAUUUUUAAUACAUCUAUUUGCAUAAGCAGUGCCUGUUUGUAUUUAGGGUUAAGCUGCAUUUAGUCAUGUAAAUGUUUGUAAGCUAGUAGGUGAAAUGGGUUAUGGUUAGGGUUUGUACUUUUGUAAGUAGGCUACGUAAUGGUAAUGAAUUAAUGAGUCACAGAGCUUAGGCUGACAUUCAGAUGAACUCAUAAUAAAUUAAUAGCACUAGUGCAUGUCAUGUUUAAACAAUGAACUGUGCUGUGAACUGAUUUAUUUUCAUAUUGGUGUAUAAAUGUGUGCUUUGCUUUGCUUUGCUUUGCUUUGCAGAAAAAGAAUAAAACCUAGUUUUCUUUUUUAUAACCUUUUAUUCCACUUUGCCUGUCAAGUGUAAACACAAAGUACAGCUGAGGCUGAUGGGAAUGCCAUUUGUUUUGAGAAUACUUGGUUCUAAACCAAAGUAUUUGACAAAUUAAAAUGUUUACCUGAUGAUGGAGUUGAUAAAAAGCUAAGGGAUUCCCAAAGUUACUACGAGUUAUCUUGAGACAAAAUGUGUUGCAUUAUAUGAGAAACUCAGUAAGAAUCUUUAUUUGGCACAAACUAAAAGGUGCUAAUUAUCAGCUAAGAAAGCCUCAGAGUGGUUGAAUAAAAGUUAACCCAAAAACAAGGUUUUGUAUACUAUUAUCUCACAAGAAACAAAAUCCUUGAAUCUUUUCCAACUGCGCUGCCGUCAGUCAGAUUAUUUUUAAGCCGUUUAGUACCUUGAUGGUGUUUAAUGACAGCUUGUCCUCUGUUAGAGAUGUCACAACAUUAUUAAUUGUGAGUCUCCUGAUAAAUGCCAGCUGUCAGAGACACUGCGGGGAGCUGCAGGUGUUAUUAGUUACAUCAGAGGAUCGACCUUGAGCCAAAACAAUGCUGUGCUUAAAGUCUGCUGCUGUCCACAGUGUUUAGGAGAAUCAUGCAAACCUGUGUUACAUUCAUUCAUAUCCGCUGAAGCUGUCUCAUGAGAGAAAUUUUGGGGUUGGGGUUCUGAAUGAGCCCAAAAAUAAAUGCUACAUAUCCAAUCACUAGUAGAUAUAUAGCAGCACCAUCUUAAAUAACCCCUUAUAGAAACAGUUAUCCCAGCUCCCCCCAGUACAACUCAAAGAUUGUAGGCAUAAGCAUUCAGUGACUUGUUUAUUUCUAGCUUUAAACAAUGAGCUAUAAGAUGUUAAAAUUCCCAGUAGAGCUGGGAGAAACUGCAGAGUUGGUUGAUAAAGGUUAAUCGCUGAGCAAUCCUUUUCACAUUACGCACCCUCCCCUUCCAAGCACAAAGGAAAACCUACUGUGGCCACAAAUGCACAAAAAAACCUGAAUGCUCCUUGCUAGUGCCAGCAUUUUGUUUGUCCCUUCUGGGCUACUGUAGAAACAUGGUGGUUCAACAUGGCGGACUCUAUCGAAGGUGACUGGGCAUCACUGUUGGUUUUUUGUGUUUGUGUGCUGUUUCAGGUUAAAGGUAAUUUGAGUCUUUGCAUCAUCAUCCCUCUUCUUUGUGGACCAAAGUGGUAAACCGAUAUUGCCACUCCUAGAACCACCCAUUUACCACUUUUUCAAAAAGAAAAGAAAAGAAAAGAAAAGAAAAGAAAAGAAAAGAAAAGAAAAGAAAAGAAAAGAAAGAAAAUUAAGCUGACUGGUGUAAAUACUGAUUGUAUUGUAUGUUUUUGCGUAUGUACGCUGUUUUAUAUUCAAGGUAAUUUGCUUGCAAGAAUGAGUCUUCAUUACACCUCUUCUUUGUGUUUCCUGUAUCAUUUUGAUCCUUUUUUUGAUCAUCAACCAUUUACCAACCAACCUUGUUUUUAUCCAUUUAUAUCUACCUUGCAAAAUCAGACAUAAAACACAGGCUAAUAAAGUAUGAACAGAUUGAGA